AUGUCGUAUGGAUGUGGGACUAUUUGCUUACCUAUCAUUCGAAGAUCUUUGCUGUUUUUUUUAGCUGUCGAGGCUACGUAUUCCUCCUAUGACCUUUUCUUGAAGCCCGGUGCCAUUUAUGCGUACUAUCGAUUAGGGGAAGUGUUUAAUAAGGGAAACAAGUAA